CGCUACGGCGGUCAAUUGCCAUCGUCACCCUCUUCGUCAGCAUGUGCAUCAAACACAUCAUCUACUAGCAGUACCACAACUGCGGCGAAACCUUCAAAACCGAAGAAGGAAACGAAGACGGACGUGAGUAACCUCAUGGCAGCGUUACGCAAUGGCACACCAGCGAUGCCUGCUGGUCUACUGCACAACCUAAUGCAAACGGUGAACCCGUUUCAAAUGAUGCUGAAUCCACAAAUACCGACCUCAUCAGCUAACAUUAAUGCCGCACAAGCAGCAAACCAAAUGCUUCAACAAGCAGGGCUCACAAUCAACUCGUCGGGACAGAUAAUGCAGUCGAAGAAGUGGCGACGAGAUGAACGACGUCAGCGCGAGCUCGAACAGCGGUUGGCAUUGGCGUUGACCACCUCGCAUCUCACCUCUGAAGCAUUGGCCAAUCCACUUUGGAAGGAGUUGCUUGAAGCUGCCCAGCCGAAGUUCACCCUCAACGACGAUCCGCAGUACUUUGAACAGCUGAUUUCCACCCUGCAUCUUCGCCUUUUACAAUCGAUUCGUGCUCUUUUGGCAUCAGCAGUCUGUGUAUCAGUGCUAGUGGACUGCGUCCGCCUGCCCCCAACAGCCGGCUCUGACGAACCAUUGUUCAGACUGUGCGUCUCAGCUGCAUUUCCAGCAUUUAUAAAUCAAAAAUACGAGGUGAAAGUCAUUCUGCUCGCAUUCCGCCCACUCGUUCAAGCCGAUAAUACAUCGGAAUCCGUUGCGAUGACGAUAGAUCAGGUACUGAACGAUUACGACCUGUCACAAGACAAAGUGACGCGUGUGGUGUGUUCUGGCCUGAAGCAACUGCUGGACGACGACUAUGGUAGCGUUGUGGACAAGCAGAUGGAACCGUUCAGUCAGCGGAUCAUGGGUUGUUUCACUCAUUUUCUCGAGUCAAAUCCGGCUAUUGAUGAACUGCGAAAAAGCGUUCUAUCAGAUGAUUUUCGCCUUUGUCACACGACCAGAUUCGUUGCAAGCACUGAACAAGGCAGCAGGUAUGUUGUGCAGAACUGA